AUGUACCUAAAAAUUAUGAUAGGUGCCGCUUUAUUAUUACAACUAGGUAUCUUAGUAGGAUUUUUUGGAUUUCCACAGCUAAUGAAUAAAAUGAUAAAAAGCCAAAUCAACUUGAAGCCCGGUUCGGAUACACGGAAACUAUGGGAGCAGUUUCCAAUUGCAAUCAAUUUUUCUAUUUACGUCUUCAAUCUAACUAAUCCGGAAGAGACGCAAAAUGGUGGUAAACCAAUCCUACAAGAAAUAGGUCCGUUCGUAUUUGAAGAAUGGAAAGAUAAAUAUAACAUUGAAGAUAUUGAGGAGGAGGACGCUGUUACGUUCAACAUGCGUAACACUUUUAUAUUUCGUCCCGAUUUGGGUUUGAGUGGUGAAGAAAUUGUUACAAUCCCACACCCAUUAAUACAAGUCAUGGCAAUAGCCAUCAAGCGCGAUAAAGAAGCUCUACUUGAAGUUGUAGUGGACGGCAUUAAUGUUCUCUUUAAACCCACCAACCCCUUUGUAACUGCUCCUUUUAUGGAUAUAUUUUACCGUGGUAUUGAUAUUGAUUGCUCCAGUGACCAUUACGCAGCAAAAUUGAUUUGCUUAAAAUUUUACACAGGCGAUAUAAAAGGUGGAUUCCAAGUCAAUGCAACCCAUUUUAAAUUUUCGUUAAUGAGUGGAGGCAACCACAGCGAUGCUGGACAAUUCAAGGUAUCACGUGGCAUAAAAGUGAGUCGUAAUGUAGGCCAAGUCUUGCAGUUCGAUUACGAGGAUGAGUUAAGUGUUUGGGAUGGUGAUGAGUGCAAUCGUUUUCGUGGCACUGAUUCGACUAUUUUUGCACCACUUAUGUCACCAAAAGACGGACUUUGGAGUUUCUCUGGUGAUUUAUGCCGUUCUUUAGGUCCGAAAUUUCAACGUAAGGUCAAAUAUGAUGGCAUACCUGCAUAUCGUUAUACCAUGGAUUUCGGUGAUGUUAAGAAUGAAUUAGAGAAUCAUUGUUUUUGUAACAAAUAUCCUGAUGAUUGUCCUGCAAAAGGCACAAUGGAUUUGUGGCGAUGCAAUGAAACCCCAAUGAUUGCCUCACUUCCCCACUUCUUGUACGCAGAUAGCAAGCUUUUGGCAGGAGUUGACGGUUUGGAGCCGCAAGAACAAAAGCACAGCAUAUUUGUGGAUUUUGAAAUUAUUUCUGGAACGCCACUCUCGGUAGCUAAACGAAUACAAUUUAAUCUAGAUGUUAUUCCUAUAGAGCAACUAAAAGUUAUGCAAAAACUGCGUCCUCUAGUUAUGCCACUCUUCUGGGUUGAAGAGUCCGCCAACUUAGAUGGCUCAUUUACCGACAUGAUAAAGAAGAAAAUCUUUUUAGUUAUCAAGGUCAAUAGCACCAUCAAAUGGAUUUCAAUUGUGAUGGGUGCUUUUUUAUUCAUAUUGGCAUUUUACAUGCACUACACCAACAAACGAGACCGAAAGGUGUUUGCAGUUGGAGUUGCCGCCCAAAAUGAGUUCAAUAAGAAAUAUUAA